CGGGGCGGGGCCAGAAGAGCGGGCUAAGACGCCGGAGGAGGUGGCGGCGGCUGGGAGAGGCGAGGGAUCUGGCCGAUUUUAGCAUCGAAACUAGGAGAAAUAAGAAUGGCUGUAGAGGAACUUCAGUCUAUAAUAAAGAGAUGUCAAAUCCUAGAAGAGCAAGACUUUAAAGAAGAGGAUUUUGGCCUAUUUCAGUUAGCUGGGCAAAAAUGCAUAGAAGAAGGGCACACAGACAAGCUAUUAGAAAUUAUUCAAAAUGAAAAGAAUAAGGUCAUCAUCAAGAAUAUGGGCUGGAAUCUCGUUGGUCCUGUUGUUCGAUGCCUUUUGUGUAAAGAUAAAGAGGAUAGUAAAAGAAAAGUUUAUUUUUUGAUCUUUGAUUUAUUGGUAAAGUUAUGCAAUCCAAAGGAAUUAUUGUUGGGUUUGCUUGAACUGAUUGAAGAGCCCUCUGGAAAACAGAUAUCCCAAAGUAUUCUUCUUUUGCUUCAGCCAUUACAAACAGCAUACUUGAUGAGCGACAACUUGAUCUCUGUUUUAGUGAUUCAGAAACUUCAUAACAAGGCAUAUUCAAUUGGAUUAGCAUUGUCUACCCUUUGGAAUCAGCUAUCUCUUCUUCCUGUUCCAUACUCAAAAGAACAAAUACAAAUGGAUGACUAUGGCCUUUGUCAGUGUUGCAAGGCCUUAAUAGAGUUCACUAAGCCUUUUGUGGAAGAAGUCAUUGAUAACAAAGAAAACUCACUGGAAAAUGAAAAGUUAAAGGAUGAAUUACUGAAAUUUUGUUUCAAAAGCUUGAAAUGCCCUUUGCUGACAGCACAAUUCCUUGAACAGUCUGAAGAAGGUGGAAACGAUCCUUUCAGGUAUUUUGCAUCAGAAAUAAUAAGAACCCUGAUGACUGAGAGAUCAACAGUGUUUCCUCAGGCCCAGCUGCCCUGCCCAGCGUUCCUGCAUCCCACUCUCUACAGGCACAAUGGUUUUUUAUCAGCAAUUGGACACCCUUUCCCCAAAAUGAUUUUUAAUCAUGGAAGGAAAAAGAGAACUUGGAAUUAUCUUGAAUUUGAAGAAGAAGAACAUAAACAGUUAGCAGACUCAAUGGCUUCUCUGGCAUAUCUAGUAUUUGUACAGGGCAUCCAUAUUGAUCAGCUUCCAAUGGUCUUAAGCCCAUUGUACCUUUUGCAGUUUAAUAUGGGGCACAUUGAAGUCUUUUUGCAAAGAACAGAAGAGUCUGUUAUCUCCAAAGGAUUGGAGCUGCUGGAGAAUAGUUUAUUGAGAAUAGAAGACAAUAGUCUACUUUACCAGUACUUAGAAAUCAAGAGUUUUCUUACUGUACCUCAGGGCUUAGUGAAAGUAAUGACACUUUGCCCCAUUGAGACACUGAGGAAAAAGAGUUUAGCUAUGCUUCAGCUGUAUAUUAACAAGUUGGAUUCUCAAGGCAAAUAUACAUUAUUUAGGUGCUUAUUGAAUACAAGUAAUCACUCAGGUGUGGAGGCUUUUAUUAUUCAAAAUAUCAAAAAUCAAAUUGACAUGUCAUUAAAGAGAACACGUAACAACAAAUGGUUUACAGGACCACAGUUGAUUUCCCUUCUUGAUUUGGUACUUUUUCUCCCAGAGGGUGCAGAAACAGAUUUACUGCAAAACUCAGAUAGGAUUAUGGCUUCAUUAAAUUUAUUGAGGUAUUUGGUUAUCAAAGAUAAUGAAAAUGACAAUCAAACUGGAUUAUGGACAGAACUUGGAAAUAUUGCGAAUAAUUUCUUAAAGCCACUUCAUAUAGGACUUAAUAUGUCAAAAGCACAUUAUGAAGCAGAAAUUAAAAAUAGCCAAGAGGCCCAGAAAUCUAAAGAUCUUUGUUCUAUAACUGUAGGUGGAGAAGAGAUCCCUAAUAUGCCUCCUGAAAUGCAGCUUAAGGUCCUGCAUUCAGCUCUUUUCACAUUUGAUUUGAUUGAAAGUGUUCUAGCUCGAGUGGAAGAACUCAUUGAAAUAAAAACAAAGUCUACCUCUGAAGAAAAUAUUGGGAUAAAGUGAAAGUUCCAUUUCCUAAAUAAAAACUAAUAAAAUAUAGUACUUUCCAUUAUGAUUUAAUACCUUUAUAAAAAAUUUUUCUGUAAAAAUUUACUGCUUGAAAAAUAAAUGUAGCUUUUCUCAUUUAUCAAUUUCUAUAAUGAUACACUACAGAACAGGUUUUUUUGGUUUUAAAGUUAUCUAAUGGUAAAUGCCCACAUAGGUCCUAAAUACUACUUUUGAAAAUCCAAUACAAACUAAUAAUUUUAUAACUUCAUAAAAUGUAGCUGAAUUGUCUAUAUUCAUUCCUACAGUUUUAGUGAGCUUAUAAAAAUACUGAUACACUUUCUGCUGCAGUUAGAUGCUAUGUAACAUUUCGGAACUCCUAGUGUCAAGUUGGCUAUCAUACCAGUGUAAAGAGGCCAGUUGACUUUUCUUAGCUUCUCUUUUCCUGGCUCAGGUGGAGUCUUUGGGAGCAGAGUCCCAUCACCACCUCUCCAGCAGAAGUUAUAAUAGGAAAACAUCUGCAAAGAUUAAUUUUAGAAAUACUUGCUACCUUUAUGGAAAAAAACUAAAAAAUAUAUAUGACUUUAAGAAACUGAUUAGAAAAUUCUGUAUUUUUAUUUCCUACUAAAGAUUUGUCCAUUUAACUAAGAAGCUACACCUGAGUUUUAUGGUAUAUGUAUGUAUCAAUCCUUUGCUAAAGAGCAUUAAAUCUUGCAGCGAAACUCCUAAAAUAAAAUCACUUUUAAUUGUA